UCGGCUGGUUUGCUGCGGCUCUGUUUGAGCCUGACAGCUGUGUCAAGCUAGCAAAAACAGCAACGUCUCCUGUCCAGAGCUACACAAAUUCCCACCGGAUGUGGACUUCUUGCUUCGCGCUCUCCAGCUUGAUACCCGUCGGGUCGACAGACGCUGCCUUGGAAACGACAUAAAUCCAGUGCGUGCAGCUGGGUUUCGAGCGGGGACCUACAUUUCCUCACUUCAAAGGCUUCCGCCCCUCUUCUGUCCUCUUCCACCUCUUCUCCAUCCCUUCCUCCAUCCAUCCAUCUCUUCCUCCAUCUAUCAGCCAGCAUGGGGGAUCUGAAAUGAAGCGCGGCGCAGCGGAGGAGGCACGGCGAGGAGCUUCGAAAUAACCGAGAGCGAGAGAGGAGGUGACGGGAGGUGCCGCAGCCAGGUGUAGAGCAACAUGCCGCUGGUGAAGAGAAAUAUUGAACCCCGGCACUUGUGCCGUGGGGCGCUGCCAGAUGGGGUGACCAGUGAACUGGAGUGUGUCACCAACAGCACACUGGCAGCCAUCAUCAAACAGCUGGGUAGCCUGAGUCGCCAUGCUGAGGACAUUUUUGGAGAACUGUUCAACGAAGCCAACAGCUUCUACCUGAGGAUGAGCAGCCUGCAGGAGAGAGUGGACCAGCUGGCUGUGAAAGUCACUCAGCUCGACUCCACUGUGGAGGAAGUCUCCCUCCAAGACAUCAACAUGAGAAAAGCAUUUAAGAGCAGUACCAUUCAAGACCAGCAGGUGGUGUCCAGGACCUCUGUGCCCAACCCCGUGGUGGAAAUGUACCACCGCUGCGACAAGCCCCCGCCGCUGAAUAUCCUCAGCCCCUAUAGGGAUGACAAGAAGGAUGCGCUGAAGUUCUACACUGAUCCCUCCUACUUCUUCAACCUGUGGAAGGAGAAAAUGCUGCAGGCCACCGAGGACAAACGCAAAGAAAAGAGGCGGCAGAAGAGCUGUCCGGCCCACCCCGACAGGCCCCACUCCAGACAGGCCCCACCCAGGAGCCCCCUGUCCAUCUCUGAGCAGCAACGGCAGGUGGAAGACCCAAGCAGAGAGGUGAAGAAGGUGCGUAAGGCUCGUAACAGGCGUCAGGAAUGGAACGUUCUGGCCUACGAUAAAGAAUUUCGACCCGAUGCCAGGCUCACCCCCUCCCCUUACCACGGCAUGUCGUCUGAAGGGUCCCUCUCCCCAGAUAGCAGGUCAAUGGCGUCCGACUCCUACCCGGCAAGUCCCAACCACCCGACUACCCAGGCUCCAAGCGCUGCCCAUCCCGCUGACCACCAUGCCAGGGAUCACCUUGCUGCCGCCCAGACACAGUCGCUCGAUCGCGGCCUGAGGCCAGCCAACCAGCCCCCUGGAGCCGCGGGGGCAGGACCCCCGGGUCGACACGCAGCUUCCCUCGGCAGGACCCCAUCGGGACACGGGGUCCAGGCCGGUGGAGAUCCAACGGUCAAUGGGCCAAGGCAGCAGUCCAUUAAGGAAUACCGAGCUGGUGGGCAGCCCUCCACCAUACCAGAGUAUUACAUUCCCCCGGCUCCUCCCCCACCCCCGCCAACCAUCCCAUCUGCCCAGACUGCCUUCGAUUCAGCCACAGCGCCGCCCUCUGCGGCCGCCUCCGCCAUCCCGCCGACCUCCUCUGCCCUCUCCUGCCAUUACUCCCCCUCCCCUCCUCCUCACCCCGGCCACCCCAUAACCUUCCCCGCCCACCCCCCUUCAGGUGCACCUCCAGCUGCCCCUCCGCCCCCACCUCCCGGAGUGCCCGUGGGACACCAGGCUCACCCGUCCCCGCCACACGCCGCUGUCGGCCAGACGGCCGUGGAUUCAGCACCUUCGACGAGGAAGUCGACCAUGCUGGGGAUGAUCCCGAUGAGCGACGCACGCUCCGACCUGCUGGCCGCCAUACGCAGAGGCAUCCAGCUGAGGAAGGUUCAGGAGCAGAGGGAACAGGAAGCCAAGCGGGAGCCUGUCGGCAACGACGUGGCCACCAUCCUGUCACGCCGCAUCGCCGUGGAGUACAGCGAAUCCGACGACGACUCGGAGCUGGAUGAGAACGAGUGGUCUGACUAAAAAAAAAAGAAAAAUAAGAGAAAAAAAUGAGAUGGAGCUUUGUAAGGCUGGACUGGCAGAGCUAACAGAGAGAGAAACUUUACAUUGAGUUAAUAACGAAGGUGUCGGAUUAGUUUUAAGGUUCGCAUUUUAACUACGAGGUUGACUAAAAACCAAUCAUACAUUUGUUUACACAUAUCGCCGGAGCAGGGCUCGGAGAAGGCCGGGCGACAGCUCGAUACUUUCAUCAUGCAUGGUUGCCCCUCACAACUGCUCUUCUCGAACUGAGAGCCGAGAGGCUUUCAUGUCAGACUGCCCGUGGUGUGAGGCACAAUAAACACGCCCUCCAUCUCGGCAGCCUCCCGCCCCCCGUCCGCUCGUUUUUAACCGCAAUCACGGAGCUGUGAAAAAUAAACCCAUAAACGUCUCCCUAUAUUCACACCCCAGCGGUAGUUAUUAGCAGUAUGUAGGCAGCGCCCCCCUGUGACUACGGGGUUUAAUGUGUUUACAGAGCACAUGGUACAGCACAAGAAAGAUUAACGAUAGUGCAAUCUUUACGACUCUGCCAAAUGUUCCGCAAGAAUUUGAGGAAGCAAGUCAGAAUAAUCAGGGAAGAUGAUAGCUUGUUAGCGGAUGACUGUGCCUGUCUGUGGAAUGAAGCCAAACUUUUGGGAGUUUGGUCCUCUUGACCAACAGGAUCAGCACCGGUGCUCUCCAGGUGAGCUGCUAUCACAUGUUCCAGCUAGAUAUUUGAGCUUCGCUUCAUUCACAAAAUAGUUCAUAAUUUAUUUAACUUAAAGAGGAAGUUAGCCAAGGUAGCUGAGAACUUCAACAGGCUUGUUUUCUCUCGGAUAUAUUUAUGUUUGCGUUAAUACCUUUAUUUAAAACCACACAUGAUGAAUAAUACAGGAAUUGUGUUUUCAUGCAAUUUCUGAUUGAUCAUAAUGCACUGCAUAUUUUAACAAAGAGUCCAUGUUAUGUUUGUUUCUAAAUUAUUGGUAUAGAAAACCACUGUACUGGCGUAUUUAUAUAUUUACAGACUUAAGAGUUUAAUGAAAAUUACUUUUAAAAAAAAGACUGUAGGGAGAUUUUUUUCAAUAUAAGAAAUUGUAGCCAGAAGAAUUAGCAUUUUUUGACCCAAUUAUACAGUAAUGCAUAUCACAGAUCAUAUUAGAAACACUUUAAUGCCAUCUAGUGGUCAGAGUUUUGCCCUUCAUUCAUAUCUAUUGUAUAUUCUAUAUGCAAAUUAGCAAUCUCUUCUUCGUUGGCAGGAAGAAAAAAACAUUUUUUUAAAUUAAUCUUGAAUAAAUUCAGGCAAAAAAAGACAUUUAAACUGCUAAAUUACUCAACUGCCCAUCACCGAUUUGGAGUACAGA